UCCAAUGAACAGAAUGCUUGGAGAGAGGGUUUUCAGUCUCUGAGUGGGAUUGCGAAAUUGUCUGCAGAGAGUCUGCCCUAUAUAAGCUCAGUCUGUAACAGUGUUGCACUGAUACUCGUCCAAUACUUCUGAUAAGAUCCUACAGACAGCAACAUGCUGAAGCUUACUAUUGCUCUUUGUGUCCUGGCCAUAGGCUGGGCACAGGACUGUCAAGUAAGCAACAUCCCAGUAAAAGAAAACUUUGACAAGUACAGGUUCCAAGGAACAUGGUACGCCGUAGCCAAGAAAGACCCAUCAGGACUUUUCCUUCUGGAUAAUGUUGUUGCCACAUACAAAGUGGAUGACGAAGGCAUAAUGUCAGCCAGUGCUUAUGGCAGAGUCAUCAUUCUGAAUAACUGGGAGACAUGUGCCAACAUGUUUGCUUCUUUUGAUGAAACCCCAGACCCUGCCAAGUUCAAGCUGAAAUACUGGGGUGCAGCUGCAUAUCUCCAGAGUGGAUAUGAUGACCACUGGGUCAUUGAUACCGAUUAUGACAACUACGCCGUGCACUACUCCUGCAGAGAGCUGGACACAGACGGCACCUGCUUGGACGGCUACUCCUUUAUCUUCUCCCGCCAUCCAAGCGGUUUGAGGCCUGAGGACCAAAUGAUUGUGACACAGAAGAAGCAAGAGAUCUGUCUUCUUGGUAAAUACAGGCGGGUUGCUCACAACGGUUUCUGUGAUGUCUGAUUUCAUCCGGCUCAAGGAUUGCCAAUUGCCUUUUUUUUCUUUUCCAUGUCAGUACAAGUGUAAAUAAAAAUCAAAUAUUAAUCAGAAUAUAAUUCAUUAUCCACAAUAGAACCAUAGCAUUGAAAUGAGUGUAUAAUGUCUCUUCUACCAUGGUUGUUAUAUUAUGUAACCUGAAUGUUUUUUAAAUAAAAUGUUCAUAUUGGG